AUGAGUUCUAUCGGUACAGGUUAUGAUCUUUCUGCUUCACAAUUCUCACCCGACGGCCGGGUAUUCCAAGUUGAGUAUGCUACUAAAGCUGUAGAAAACUCUGGCACUGUAAUUGGCCUUCGUGGUAAGGAUGGCGUAGUAUUUGCUGUGGAGAAGCUGGUUACUUCUAAAUUGUAUGAACCGGGUGCUAACAAGAGGAUAUUCCAUGUUGAUGAGCAUGUUGGCAUGGCAGUAGCUGGUCUCAUAUCCGAUGCAAGACAAAUUGUAGAAACAGCCCGUUCUGAAGCCUCUAACUACAGAUCGCAAUAUGGUGCCCCAGUACCUCUAAAGUACUUGAAUGAACGUGUAUCCAUGUAUAUGCAUGCAUACACUUUGUACAGUGCUGUCCGCCCUUAUGGAUGUUCAUUAGUGAUGGGAACAUGGAACAGCUAUGAUGGCCCCCAGAUGUACAUGCUGGAUCCUAGUGGAGUUUCAUUUUCCUACUUUGGGUGCGCAGUUGGCAAAGCAAAACAGGCUGCUAAGACAGAGAUUGAAAAACUCAAGCUUGCUGAUAUGACAGUUAAGGAGCUUGUAAAGGAGGCUGCUAGAAUCAUAUACCUGGUACAUGAUGAGUUAAAAGACAAGCAGUUUGAGCUAGAGCUGUCCUGGGUAUCAAAGGACACGAAAGGACGUCAUCAAUUGGUACCGAAAGAGAUUGCAACAGAAUCUGAGAAUUUGGCACAACAGGCUCUCGCCGAUAUCGAAGACUCCGAUGAGGGAGACAUGUAA